CAAGGUACAUGUUGGCUGUGUCUUAUUAAUGUUCAUGCCAGAGAUAAUGUAGACGGUAUUGCAAAUAUUCCCAUCGAACGAUUUGACAGAUUUUAAGAAGUGUUAACUAAUUGUCAGGGUAAUUUACAAUCAAAACCUGGCAAAAUUUGAGGAAUUCUUCAAUUUAAGGCCAUUUUAUCCAUCGAAAAUUUGAAUCCAAUUAAUCGAAUAAGCGCCUCCCAACAUGGCUGCUGUCCUCCCCCUCCUCGCACAGGCCGACAAUUGUACUGUAUUUUUCGCGCCCUGAUUGCCAGGUGAGAAUUAUGCAUUUGCCGAGCAAUUUUGUUAUCAAAAGUAAUGGACUGCGUUAUCCCUGCUGCGGGUGACGACAAAAUAUUCGAUUAUGCUUGACUUGCGUUUGAGUUUGUUGUUUCUGCUCCCACUUGCCGCCAUGGAACCGACUGGACAUACUUGCAACUUCAUGGCGUACGUCAUGUUGUGCUCAUUUGACUAUAAAGGACUUGAUCUAAGGCUUACGGCGAUUGCUCAUCCAUGCAACGAUCCUGUUGACGUGACAUUCGUGAUAGCGAAUUCAUUUCCGUCAUUCCGGUGGGUACACACAUUUGCCGUCACGAAUGUUGAGGAGUCAAUCGUAGUUCCUCCGUUGUCCGGAGAAGGAAACGAAACCGCAGUUUCCGAAGUUGUGAGAUUGCUUGUUCAGUUCGCUGGAGAUUUGAAGCCCAUGGCGAAGAAUGUUUCAUCUCCUGGAGAGAAACCGGUUAUCUUCGUGAAUGCAAGCUUUGAAGCCAAAAGUGGACGUGAGCAAUUCCUGGAUUCCCUUUUUGUUGUAAGAAACGAACCCAACUGUCUUCUAAGUGCCCCUGGGAAAAUGGAGGAUUCUUCCGGGCAGGUGACAACGGUUGCUUUGCUUUCCGUUAUCCUUGUCGCUGUUGUCGGGGCGUUGGUGGGAUACAUCUUUUACCAGAGGCGACUUAGUGCCCAGCAACUUGCGGCAGCAUUGAGCAGCCAGGCCACGGCCAAAUCCUUCCCUUAUCAGCAAGCUGAGGGAGGAUCUCGAAUCGUAGCCAACGGAGUUAUGGAAACCAGUUUGAUCAUAGAAAAUCCCGUUGCCCCGCCACCCGAAAGUGUUCUCCUGAGCAAUGCUGAAACAGGAGCUAUCCCAAAGUCGACAAGGAAAAAUAGGGCCAAACCGGUUGAUGAGAGUGGCAAAUCUAAAUUUGAGGGGAAACAGACGAACGGAAAACCAUUGGCGGAAGACAAAGUUCCAGUGGUGAAUGCGGAAGAAAAUCAGCAACCUGCAUGA